AUGUCUCGGCAAGUGGCUUUGGGACCUGACGACCCUCCAGAUAACGAGGAUCCAACACCAAGCGGCAACUUUAUCGAAAAUCUCAAGAAUCGUUUUAUGGAGAAAUCCAAGUCAAUUCUUGGACUGUGGCCCAAGAUACCAAAAGGUCUCAACCAUGCGGAGAGAGAUAUCUACGACCGACUCCUAAAAACCCUCAAGAAUCGAGUUGCCAGUGGUCAAAAGCCCCCGCGCCUCGCUGUCAUAACUGAUCUUGCAAAGGAUUAUGACGACCUUAUGGCUAUGGUCUUGUUAGGGGAGCUACACCGCCUAGGACUUGUGGAGCUCGAGGCUUUUGUUGCGAACUUAAUGCCCGCACAACAAAGGGCUCGAUUCGGACGAGGCGCCUUGGAUUUGUUAGACCUCCAAAAGACGCCAAUAGCUGUUGGUUCCGCAGGUUCGGAAAGACAGCACAAGGUUAAUGAAUACGAAUUCAAGCACUGUAGCUUCAUGGCGCCGUGUACGACCACUUUUGAGAAAGGGGAAGAUCUUCUUCUCCAGAUUCUUGGAAAAGCCGCAGAGGAAGAGCGGAAACUGACUUUAGUGCUUCUGUCUUCUCUUAUGGAUAUCUCAGAAUUUACAAACGAGCACCCAGAAUUAGUAAGGAAAGCUAUAAACAGGGUUUCAGUACAAGGAGGAAUGUUCUUCGAUGGCGAAGGAGUCUUGAAAGCGGACAAUACUGCAACGAACAACAACUUUGCUCUAGAUCACGCUAUGGCCUUUACUAAAUACAUCCAAGACGAAAAUAUCCCUUCUAUGGUCUACACCAAAGUUGCUGCAUUUGCAACCAAGAUAUACUCCGAAUUCUUUGUAGAGUUAGCAGCCACAGGCCACCCGCUCGGGAUCCACCUCCGGAAGACCCAGCUAGCACAGGAUAUCAAAUUCUACUCCGAUACCAUCGAUGAGAAGACAAGAUUCCGUCCCUUCAUGACGCCCAAGUGGUUCCUAACUAACAAAUCGACCUGGUUCACAGAGGGCCACUCCGAAGACCCGGACAUCGAACCCUACCCCACACCGGAGCAGGUUGUACCGUACCUAACCGUCGUCGUCGCAUACGAUGCUCUGGCUGCCCUCGGCGCUGCUGGCGAGGACGCCCUAGCGGAUCUGGGAGCACUGAAGCCUGCGUGCAGCAGUGAUGUUCAUCGCAUUGUGGGAGUGGGACCGUCGGCGAAUACGCCGGGUAAGGUGGAGGACCCAGGAGUGUUUGGUGAGCAGAUGGCGACUGCGAUCAAAGCGUUGGUGAAAGGAUCAUUGUUGGCUUCGAUGCAGGGGCUUAAUUGA